CGUCCCUCCUCCAAGGACCAAGACUCCAUCACCCGCUUCGCUCUCGGAUGCUCUGGAGUUCGCAACAGCUCUAGCCUCAAGCGAUGCCGCCAUUAGCAUUGGCAUUGCUUCGAGGCAUAGUCAUCCGCUUCUUCGCCUACCCGACGAUGUCAUCAAAAUGCAACCCUCGGUAUCCUGCACUAGUCCAGCAUUUGCAGAUCCCGCGAGGCUUUCACUCCUCCACGUCCCAAGCUCUGCUGUGCAUGACGGGAAGAGCUGAGCUAAAGAGCACCCAAGUUCCGGCUAGUGCCGUUAACCUGUUAUCCCCCGACUAUUGCUACCACUACAGGACCCUGUCGUCGCACAAUUCAUCGUUCAACGGCCCGCCUUUGGUCAAACAGUCAAAAUUCACCUUCACCUCUCGCCGCCCUAUCCAUGGUUCCAAGUUGAGUCGCCUGCCAGCCUUGCUGAGCCAGCGAAGCGCUUCACCAUGGAGCCCCCUUGUUCCCAUACUUGUCGACAGCCCUCCUCCUCACCUUACGCCGUCCGAUGACUUGCGUGGAAGGGUCAAAGUGACGUUAUCACCAAAAUAGUUGCGUUGGACGUGUCUUUCCGGCAAUGCAUUCGAUACAAUGCACACAGCUAUUUGGCCCAUCUCUGCCCAACUCAAUGCUGUUGUCAAUACCCUCGUCCAACUAGUGCCUUGGACAUAAUGGAGCAUCGUUUGCCCUGCCAGUCGGCUUCACCGACGGUUCAGCAGCAGACUUGAUCCCAGCAGGUCAAGGCACUCACUUGGCUGAACAGUUCCUACGUGAGGCCCCAUCGCCUAACCAUAUUUUGCGUGCACAGGACGCCCACGACUUUGGCGAUGGAAGCAGGACGUUGCGAAAGGCAAGGAGAGAGAAAAGCAACCAAGGCGCUCGGAUGACCAGCUGGCAAUGGGUCGAACGAACCAGAGGCG